AUGCAAUGUAAUUAAAAAUGUUCUGCUUAACCAGGUUAAACAUUAAUAGAUCUAGCUAUACUCAAUAAUUGUAAUGUUUGGAGACUCAAGAAAGUAAAUAAAUUAGAUCAUUGUCAUUUGAUUCCUGGUUAAGAAGUGUUAUUAUAAUAUGAUAAUAAGCGUAUUUUAUAACGCGAUUUACUAAAAUCAGUAAACAUUUCAAUUCCUAUCCUCUAUAUGUGGGAUAGAGACCAUAUAUAGGGAAAUUUAUAAAUUUGUUAUGAUUAUUUGAUAUUCACAGUCAAUUCUAAGAAAUUGAGUAAAGAGCAUAAAGGUAAGGAAGAUCAUUUAAAUUUUUCUAUAUAUGUAAAAGAGAUUUACAAAAUAAUAUUCAAUCCUAUUGCUGAAUUAAUGUAAAUAGUUAUAUGGGGUAUCUGUGGUAACAAAGUACCUGAGAAUCAUAAGAAACUUCUAAUUGAAUUAAAAGCUAUAAAAGGAGAAACUAAAGCAGUCAAAGCAUUUAUUAGAGAAUUAUGGUAAAUGAAAGGUAAGAGUAAAAGAAUGAUAACAAUGGAGGCAUUUACAUAUUUAAUAUAAUAACUGUAAUAUGAACAUGAACAAUAUACUGGAGACUCAUUUAAUAUAAGAGUGAAAAAAGGAGAGACAAAUUUAGAGUGUUUAAGUAGUGUUUAUAAUUUCAAUUUUGUUGAAAUAAAUGAAAAAAAUGGGUCAAUGGAAGUUUGUAAAGCUAGAUAAUAAUAAUAAACAAAAGAGUAGGCUAAAGUAAGUUUGAAUGAGGAGAGUAGAAUAAUUUCUAUGAAAUAAGUAUUAGAAAUAGCUGAUUGUAUGCCAUCUUAUUUAUAAACAAAGCCAUGGUUUUUAUUAUUUUCAAUAAAUAGACAUGGUAAAAGAAUGUUAUUAUGUAGGUAGUUCUUAUUAAGAAUUUUUAAGGAGAACUGAAUAUGCUGGUCCUCAUGUAAUACUUAUAAAGGAUUCAGGUAAGAAAGUAUUUGGAGGAUUCUUAUUGAGUUCUUGGAGACUAUCUAAAAAUGAAUUUUUUGGAUAAGGAGAAUCUUUUUUGUUUAUUUGUCUAUAUAAUCAUACUAGAAUAUUCAAAGGAACUUAAAAAAAUAGAUGUUUUUAGAUGGCUGAUGAGACUGGAUUUAGUAUUGGAGCAGGAGAUAAGUAAGAUAAUUUAUAAUAUUAUCAUAGAUAUGGUUUAUUUGUAAGUAGUUCAUUUAGUAAAGGAGAAUCAAAUCCAAGUGAAACUUUUGAUAAUGAAGUUUUAUCAAGUGAAGUUAAUUUCUAAAUCUAAGAAUUAGAGGUUUGGGGAUUAGAUGAAGAAGCAGUGCAUUAGAUAAAAUUUUAAGACUAGAAAAGAUCAUUAUUUACAAAAUGA